UUUUGUGGAAAGCGCGCGUCACUCGGAGCAGACACUCCACGGCUCCACGCUAACGUACCAUCUCUGGGGAUUAUUAAUUUUUAUUUUUUUCCCUUCAAGACCACUAAGCUCACUUGAGUGCGUCCUAUUGUCCCUGUGGUCCCAACAUGGCUGAGGUGGCGCAGGAAGAAGCUGUGGUCGGCCAUGACACGGAAGAUAUGGCGGCAGCUGAAAACGAGCACAACGUGAGCGAUGCGGACGGGCAGGAAGACGCGGAGGAGACGACCAAAAGGGCCGCCAAGAAGGCCGUGAACGGGGUGGAAGUCAAAGACAAGGCCUGCGUCGGCAAUAAGAACAAACGAAGGAAAGCCGCCAACGUUGCGGAGAAGCAGGAAGCGCAACCCAACGCAAACGAAGAUGACAAUAUUUCUGAUUUGAUGCUUAAAAAAGAGAAACUGAUGAGGUCCAGGAAGCCUGUGGCCAGAAGCUACGUGCCAAAUCUGACCAAGGACAAGGGCGACGUGACCAACAAGUUUGAGGCCAUGCAGAAGGCCAGGGAGGAGCGCAGCAGGCAGAGGAACAAGGACGAGCAGAACAAGAGGAAGGAGCAGUACAUCAAGGAGCGGGAAUGGAACCGCAGGAAGCAGCAGAUAAAAGAACUUCUCGCUUCCAGCGAUGAGGAGGAGGAGGUGAAGCCUGCCAAGGUGGAAAAGUCCUACGUUCCCAAAAUCACAGGUAGUGUGAAGGGGAAGUUUGCUGAAAUGGAGAAGCAAAGGCAAGAAGGCGAGAAGAAGAAGAUGGAAGGCGAGCGGAAGCGCAGGGAAGCCCAGGACAACAUGGAGAAGGAUAAAAUCAAAAGGGAAUUGGCCAAAAAGGCCGUGGAGGACGGAGAUGACACCAUCCUGGUUAGGGUGGUUCCUACAAAGUCAUCACGAACCCCGGGAAGAAUCACAAUGAACUUUGAAGACAUGGAGAAGAGUCGAGAGGAGGAAUUGAAGAAGGCGGCGGAGGACGAGAAGAAAAGACGAUACGAUGAAAACAAACGGUCUUUCAGGGAAGCCAAGCGGCGUUCCAUUGUCCCGCAGGAGGAGGAGGACAAGCCGCUGGAGAAGGCGCUGGUGACUCCGGGGAAGCUGAAGCUGACAUUUGAGGAACUGGAGAGGGAACGGCAGGAGCAGAGAAAGAAGAAAGCUGAGGAGGAAGCCAAGCGGCGUCUGCAAGAAGAGAAGAAAGCUUUUGAGGAGGCCAGACUGGGAUUGGAUGAAGACGAGGAAGACACUCAGCAAUCACCGACUCAGGACGACAAGGAGGAGUUUCGGCCCGGGAAACUGAGGUUGAGCUUUGAAGAAGUGGAAAGACAAAGGGUGGAGGAGGAGCGCAAGAAGGCCGAGGAGGAGGCCAAGAGACGGAUGGAGGAGGAGAGGAGAGCUUUCGCUGAAGCCAGGAGGAGCAUGCUAGUCGACGAGGAUGACGAGGUUCUGAUGGCCUUACUGAACCUGGAAGGCAGCGAACCCGGAAAGCUCUGUGCCAGUUUUGAGGAGCUGGAACGCCAGAGAAGAGAGGAAGAGCAGAAGAAGGCGGAGGAGGAGGCGAAGAAGAGAUUGGAAGAGGAGAAGAAGCUCUUUGCUGAGGCCCGCAAGAGUAUGGUCUUCGAUGACGAUGGCGUGCUGCUGAAAAUGGACUCGGAGGAGGCGCUGCACCCCAGGAAACUGGAGAUCAACUUCGAGGAGCUGCUGAAGGAGAAGGAGGAAGCCGAAAGGAGGCGCAAGGCGGAGGAGCGCAAACAGAAACUGGAGCUGGAGAAGCAGGAGUUUGAACAACUCAGACAAGAGAUGGGCGAGGACGAAAUCAACGAAAGCUCCAACGUUGUCAACAGAGAGUACGAAGAGCUGACCAAGCUCAAGAGGACGGGCUCCAUCCAGGCCAAGAACCUCAAGUCCAAGUUUGAAAAGAUCAAGCAGCUGACGGACGAGGAGAUCCAGAAGAAAAUUGAGAUGGAGAGGGCUCGGAGGAAAGCCGUCGAUGAUGAAAUUAAAGAGAGAGAAGCCGAACGCUUCCAGGAGGAGGAUGAAGAAAGUCAGAUGACCUCUGCACGGGCUGAGGAGUCUCCGUUCAAACAGAAGGUGGACAUGAAGGCCAGGUUUGAACAAAUGGCCAAAGCCAGAGAAGAUGAGGAGAGGAGGAGGAUAGAAGAACAGAAGCUCCAGAGAAUGCAGUUUGAGCAACAGGAGAUUGACGCUGCCCUCCAAAAGAAAAAAGACGAUGACGUGGACGAAGAGGCCAGCAUCAUCAACGGCUCCUACGAGGACGACGAAGAUCACGCCAGAUCGGGCGCGCCGUGGUUUAAAAAACCUCUGAAAAACCAAUCGGUGGUGGACUCGGAGCCUGUCCGAUUCACCGUGAAGAUCACCGGGGAGCCCAAACCGGAGGUGACCUGGUGGUUUGAGGGGGAAAUGCUCCAAGACUGUGAAGACUACCAGUACAUCGAGAGGGGAGAGACCUUCUGCCUGUACCUGCCCGAGACCUUCCCGGAGGAUGAGGGCGAGUACAUGUGUAAGGCUGUCAACAGCCGAGGCACGGCGGCGAGCACCUGCAUCCUCACCAUAGAAAGUAAGACCACCCUGGUGUGACUUGCAUGAUGAGCUGCAUGAAAUCACCUCUUUGGGGCCCCCAAGUGGACCGCAUGCGCCUCUUCUUGGUCGAACUGAGCGAGCCGUGCGGGUAACCUUCUCUUUCUGUUUUUCAGCGUAUGACUACUGAUGCUCUUCCACCCGCUGGAAACGUUCUCUGUUGUCUCUCUCUCUCUCUCGUCUGUCCCUCAUACUGUAGUCUGGUAAAUGGAAGCAAAACGAAGUACACUCAGCAUUCCUGAGGACGACACAAAAAAAAAUACUGAAUAUUUAUGUGUUCAUCCUUUGUAGUAUAGGAUAUGACCUGUGCCAAAAAUCAGUUAAGUUCCAUCAGUCAGCCAUGUUUCUCAUGUGAAGACAAGGUCGCAACACAAAACAACAUAAAGUUCUCUAACUCCCCCUCUUUUUAAGUUAUUUUUAUUGCUCACACUAUAUUUGAUAUUCUGUUGUGCUGGACAGGAGGUAACUCUUUCUUGGUUUGAUAAUAAUACAAUAUACAUAGGCUCGUGUUCUUAUUUGUCAUAUAUUAUGAAAGAAAUGUUUUAAUAAAAUGAACAAAAUA